CCUAUCUCAUUUAUCCAUAAUUAACAUGAGAUGUAAAUCUACUGUAUAUCUAGGCGAUCAAUGUAGCCAGUCAUUGUACUACAACUUCAUGUCUUCUUUCCAACUCCUCAAAAUUGCCCUCCUUCUCCCUCGCCGGUCCAGAUGACAGCGCGCGCAUACGGACGGUAAACCCCCCGGUAGUUCAGCUUCAUUUGCGAAUGAGGCGUCGAAAAACGAAUUGACCUCUCAGAGCUCUUAUCUCGCGCAGGUGCGCUCAGCGUGAUCCACCUUUUCCGUGCCUAUCUCGUCAUGAACCCUGCGAGCUCCCUAUUCGAGCAAGCUCUGGUCUACCUAGCUCUCUACCAUGCUAGGGUAGUUCGUAGUGUAAUCGCAGCCCGGCUGCUCGGGUCUAGGUCAAAGAUGGGAAUGAUCGUGGGGAGGAAAUAAAAUAAAUCACUUCGCUCGCGCCCCCGGUCGGAGCUCGUCGGUUCUGAAGUUGUGUUCUUGCUGGUGUCGAUUGACCUCGUCGUUGCCGUCGCCUCGUGCUUUUUGAUCCUCAAUUGUGUCGAUUGUCUGUUGUCGGCUUGUCAAGAUGUCUGUCGCGCGUCGAGUCCUCGCUCUCGCGACCUUCUCCCAGGGUGUCCUCGGUGGUCUCUAUGCUGGAUUGAGCACUGCCAACCACACUUGCAACCUCAUCGAGCCUAUCCUCUCAUGCUCUGAUGGAGCGCAACCCGGUCUCACAGAUACGUGCUGUACUGAGACAUUCGGAGGCCUUGUUCUGCAAACCCAGUUCUGGAACACCUACACGGGACGUGAGGCGCACGGCCAAUUGCUCCCCAAGAACUCCUGGACGAUCCACGGCUUAUGGCCUGACUUCUGUAAUGGAUCAUACACGCAGUAUUGCGACUUGUCCCGUCAAUAUGACCCAUACCCGGACCCGAACACCACGACCGGCACGCCGGAGGGCACGCCCGUGAAGCCGUGGAAGGGAGAGCCUAUUUCCAACUACCUCAAGCGUUUCAAGAAGUUCGACUUAUUAGACUACAUGGAGAAGUUCUGGACAGGUCUCAACCAGCCCAGCUGGGUCCUCUGGGCGCACGAGUUCAGCAAGCACGCGACGUGCUUCAGCACCUUCGACACGGAGUGCUACGGGCCGGCGUACGCCAAGCACGAGGAGGUGCCCGACUUCUUCAGCACGACGGUGGCGUACUUCCAGCAGGUGCCGACGUGGAGGUGGCUCGCGUCCGCGGGCAUCGUGCCCUCCAACAAGACGGGGUAUUCGGUUUCCGCCAUCGCGGACACGCUGGAAGGGAAGUUCGGCAAGCUGCCUCACAUCGGCUGCACCGGGCCGAGAUACAACGAGACCGAGGCCGGCAAGGGCUCGGGCGAUAAUGGGUACACUGUGCUGAGCGAGAUGUGGUAUUAUUACCAUGUCAAGGGCCGGGUGCAGCUUGUCCAGGGCGUUCCUGUCGAUACUACUUUCCCUACGAACUGUGCGAAGACUCCUGGUGCCGUUUGGUACUACGAGAGAACUCCCUGCUCCGUCCGGAAACACUGAGCUAGUUGAGCUGUAAAUCAUUGACGACCUGAGCAACAUCGUCUCUAUAUAGACUCAUGGCCCUUAAGGACGAAGGUUUAUAAUCCCUAAUGCAAAAAUCAAUAGAUGUCAAAUCAAUAUAGGCACGAUCAAAGAUAAAUUGUGAAACGCUCGCUUCUCUUUUCAGCUUCUUGUGGGCUAUUACAUAUAUAUCUCUGUCCGAC